GCCCAAGGCGCAAAGCGCGCUCGCGCUGGCCCUUACCGAUCCUUCUGUGACUGGCAAUUCAUGCCAUUAAUCGGCCCUUCGCUGACCGCAGCACUGUAGCAUCAAUGAUGAUGCUGGCGAGGCGUUUAGCCGCAUUGCCAGCGCGGCGAGCACCGCUGAACGCGCGGCAAGCGCCACCGCUGGCGCGCGCGAUGACUCACUACGCGCCGCCACCGCGUCCGACGGCGACGUCCUACAAGCACGAGCGCGUCCGCCACUCGCCGCGCAAGCUCAACCUCAUCGCGAAAUUAGUAAGGAGGCUCUGGGUGCCCGACGCGCUGGCGCAGCUGCAGUUCACGCCGAAACGAUUCGCGCCAACGGUCGCCGCGGCCAUCGAGCGCUGCGCCCAGCGCGCGGCGGCGCAGCACGAGCUGGUGCCCGAGGAAUUGGAAAUCGAGCGAUGCUUCGUGACGCCGGCGCCCUUCAUGAAGCGGCUCAAGAUCAUGGGCCGCGGGCGCUCCGGCACUAUAAGAAAACGGUCGGGCCACCUCAACGUGACCGUCGCGGCCGUGGACUUCGAGGCCAAAAUCCGCGACGCGCACAACCCGCGCCAGCGCCGGAAGUGGGAGGAGCGGCGCGCCGUCGCGCGGGCGGCGCGGGAGCGGGUGCUCGGGGAGUUCGCGUUUCCCGACGAGGCCGCGGCGACGGACGAGGAGGCGCCCUCAGAGGCGCCCGAGGGACUGAAGCCUGCGACCUAAUUGUUUUAACC